AUGCCGGCUGUAGCUGCGGUCUCUGCUCCGCAUCCUCCUUCCCUGGACGAGCCGUCCUCGAUCAUCCCUGCCGCAGAGAGCAGCGCUGCAGGCGCGGUCGUGGCGGGGGAGGCGGCAGCCACUGGGGAAGCACUCGGCGGCGCAGAGGCAGGGGGGAGCGGAACAGAAGCGCAAGGAGCAGCGGGCCAGGGGUCGCAAGAGCAGGGGGGAGGAGGGGUUGGGGGGCAAGGGGGGCAGGGGGCCUUGACCGGAGCACAAGGGACAGCGGGAGCAGGAGGGUCAGGGGCCGCGGGAGCAGGGGAGGCAGGGGAGGCAGGGGGAGUGCCGGCGGGAGAAGCAGGGGGGGCAGGAGGAGGGGGAGCGGAAGGAGCAGGGGGCGCAGGAGCAGCGGAGCCGGAGCAGCAGCUGGCGGAGGCGUGGCAGCGCGCGUUGGAUGAGGCGGAGGUGGAGAUCCGCAAGCAGGCCAUCGAGAACGAAUUCCUCCGCUCCCAGCUGCGCGUGCUCGAAUGGCAGAUGAGCAACGGCGCGCUAGCAAGUUCCGCGCCUCCUGACGUGGACGGGCUGCUCUCCCCUUCCUCCGCGCGCCUUCCCCCUUCCGCCAGUACAGGCGCGGGGCUCAGUCCAGGUUUAUCUGGGGCAGGUGCAACUGUUGCAGGCGUAUCAGGGGCGGGCACUUCUAGCGGCCCUCUAGGCGGCUAUAGCGGCGUUUUAGGCGGAAGUCCGCAGAUAGUGGGGUUAGGCGGAGCAGCAGCCGUGGGUACUGGUGGUGCUGCUCCUGCUGUAGUGGGUAUAGGUGGGGCUGAAGGGGCAGUAGGGGUAGGGAGAGGCGGAGGGAUUAUGGCUGCUGUAGCAGCAGCUGUAGCACCAGGAAUGACUGCUGGUAACGGUGGUGGGAUGGGGGGGCUGCUAGGAUCCGAUCAGGUGGUUACUGGGGAAGGUGGUAUUGGGAAUUUUGGCGGGAUGGUAGGGGACGGAGCAGGGGGAGGAGGAGGCGGAGGAAUGGGAGGAGGAGGUGGAGGCGGAGGAGGAGGGGGAGGCGGAGAGGACUUAGAGGCAGCUCUGUUGGAGCGACUGCUGCAGAAGUUGUCUGUGAACGGUUCGCUGGCUGCUGCUGUGGCGCAGGCAGCAGGGGGAGGCGGAGCUGGCGGAGGCGCAGGUGGAGGAGGGGGGGUUGACGCAGGGGGAGGCGGAGGGGGAGAAGGAGGGGGACUGGGGGCAGGAGGGGAGGGUGGUGGAGCAAAUGGGUUGAUGAACGGAGGGGUGGGGGGCGGGCUGACGGGGCAUGUCCUGGAUGGGGAGCGUGACAGCCUGGCGUUGACUCCGUUUGACCGGCAGUCGCUGACUGUGCACCCCUCCAACUCCACGUCAUCACGCCAGCUGGCUUCUCUGCAGCCCUUCACAAACGACUUGACUCGGCCGACGGGUGGGGCGGCAGCGUCCGGCCCUAGUGGGUCGGCGGGCGGCGGAGACAGGUCCGUGAACGUGGGCGAGCUGAUGCAGCGCGUGGCCUCGUUGGAGGAGCAGGUUCGCAGCAAAGACAAGCUGCUGGCUGCUGCUCAGGCGCGGGAGGCACAGUUGCAGGCGGAGAAGCGGUCGCUGGAGCGCCGGAUGUCAGAGCUGCGGCUGGCAUUCGACGGGCAGCAGCAGAACUUGAUGGGGUCGGCCCAGAAGGCCAUGGGGUACCGCCGGGACGUGCUGGAGGAGAACGUGCGCCUCACGCGCGCGCUUGAGCGAGCGGAGCAUGACCGCAUGCUAUUCAUAACCACGCUCACGCCACUGGCAGGGGAGUUUGGCCUCUCCGCCACCGCCUCUGCCGACUCGCACCACAUGCUGCUCUCUGUCAAGUCUGUGCUGCAGCAGCUGCUCACCCGAACCACUCGCAGCAACGAGCUCUGCUCCCACGUGUUGCCCCUGUUUCGCUGCAUUCACCAUAUCACCACCAACCCUUCCACGCCCCUCCCCCACCUUGCAGCAGGGCGGGCCGUCACCCCCGCUCCCCACGCUCUACGGCACCACAGACCCCACGUUCUCUGCUCUGCCGUCAUGUGUUGCCCCUGUUUCUGCCCAUUCACCGUUUUCAACCCCAACCCUUCCACGCCCCUCCCUCCCCUUGCAGCAGGGCGGGCAGUCAGCCCCUCUCCCCACGCUCGUCGGCACCACACAGAUCCCACGCUCUCUGCUCUGUGUUGCCCUUGUUGUUUUCAUUCACUCUUCUUCACCGUCUCCCUUCCAACCUUUCCCCCCCGCUUGCAGCAGGGCGGGCAGUCAGCCCCUCUCCCCACGCUCUAUGGCACCACAGACCCCACGCUCUCUGCUCUGCUGCUCGCCAGUGGCGCCAACCCCAACAGCCCCUCCCUCGCACCAAACCCCCUCUCUUCCGCUGCUGCGCUCUCUGCUGCUGCCUCGCCUCUCCGAGCCUUGGCUGGGCUGGUGCCCCCUGCUGCUGCACCUGCUGGUGGUGAUCCUCUGCUGCUGCGGUGA